CUCCUCCCCGGUCGCGGUAGCUUUGACAGGGCGCGAUGGCGGCGGCCGGGUCUGCAGGGUUGCCGGCGACCGUGUCGGAAAAGCAGGAGUUUUACCAGCUUCUGAAGAACCUCAUCAAUCCGAGCUGUAUGGUGCGGAGGCAAGCCGAGGAGGUCUAUGAGAAUAUCCCAGGUCUGUGUAAGACUACGUUCCUCUUAGACGCCGUCCGAAACAGAAGAGCAGGUUAUGAGGUGAGACAAAUGGCUGCCGCACUGCUACGACGGCUUUUGUCCUCUGGGUUUGAGGAGGUCUAUCCAAAUCUGCCUUCUGAAGUGCAGAGGGAUGUCAAGAUUGAGCUGAUACUGGCCGUUAAGUUAGAAACACAUGCCAGCAUGAGGAAAAAGCUUUGUGAUAUUUUUGCGGUGCUGGCCAGGAAUUUGAUAGAUGAGGAUGGCACUAACCAUUGGCCAGAAGGUCUGAAAUUCCUCAUUGAUUCGAUUCACUCUAAAAAUGUGGUUUUGUGGGAAGUUGCGCUUCACGUUUUCUGGCACUUUCCUGGGAUUUUUGGGAACCAAGAUCGUCACGAUUUGGAUAUCAUCAAGAGGUUGUUGGACCAAUGUAUUCAAGAUCAAGAGCAUCCAGCAAUCAGGACGUUAUCUGCUAGAGCUGCAGCUGCGUUUGUCCUUGCUAAUGAAAACAAUAUUGCACUUUUCAAAGACUUUGCAGAUUUGCUUCCUGGAAUCUUACAGGCUGUGAAUGAUUCCUGCUACCAGGAUGAUGAUUCCGUGCUAGAAUCCCUUGUUGAGAUUACAGAUACUGUACCUAAGUACCUGGGUCCCUAUUUAGAAGAUACUCUGCAGUUGAGCCUGAAGCUAUGUGGAGACUCUAGGCUUAGUAAUCUGCAACGCCAGCUGGCUCUGGAAGUAAUAGUGACCUUAUCUGAAACUGCAACUCCAAUGUUGAAGAAGCAUACGAAUAUCAUUGCACAGGCUGUGCCUCAUAUAUUAGCCAUGAUGGUUGAUCUUCAAGAUGAUGAUGACUGGGUAAAUGCUGAUGAAAUGGAAGAAGAUGAUUUUGACAGCAAUGCAGUUGCUGCUGAGAGUGCACUAGACAGACUGGCUUGUGGACUUGGUGGAAAAGUUGUUUUGCCAAUGACCAAGGAGCAUAUCAUGCAGAUGCUUCAGAGCCCUGACUGGAAAUGUCGACAUGCCGGAUUAAUGGCCUUAUCAGCCAUUGGAGAAGGUUGCCAUCAGCAAAUGGAACCAAUUCUAGAUGAAACGGUUAACUCGGUUUUACUUUUUCUUCAGGAUCCGCAUCCAAGGGUAAGGGCUGCUGCCUGUACUACACUUGGACAGAUGGCUACAGAUUUUGCACCUAGUUUCCAAAAGAAAUUCCAUGAAAUAGUGAUUACAGCUUUGUUGCGGACCAUGGAAAACCAAGGUAAUCAGCGUGUGCAAUCUCAUGCAGCGUCUGCUCUUGUUAUUUUUAUUGAAGACUGCCCCAAAUCACUGCUAGUUCUAUACUUGGAAAAUAUGGUAAAAAGUCUCCAUUCCAUCUUGGUAAUUAAACUUCAAGAGCUGAUUCGGAAUGGAACUAAAUUGGCCUUAGAACAACUUGUGACAACCAUUGCAUCAGUUGCAGAUGCAAUAGAAGAAAGCUUUAUUCCAUAUUAUGAUAUAUUUAUGCCCUCACUCAAACAGGUUGUUGAGCUCGCUGUUCAAAAGGAACUCAAGCUUCUUCGAGGAAAAACUAUUGAGUGCAUUAGCCAUGUUGGACUUGCCGUUGGGAAGGAAAAGUUUAUGCAAGAUGCAUCAAAUGUUAUGGAGUUACUGUUGAGGACACAAUCAGACUUAAAUAACAUGGAAGAUGACGACCCUCAGACUUCGUACAUGGUCUCAGCCUGGGCUCGAAUGUGUAAAAUCCUUGGCAAAGACUUUGAACAGUAUCUCCCACUAGUCCUUGAGCCUCUGAUCAAGACAGCUUCGGCUAAGCCUGAUGUUGCUCUCUUAGACACACAGGAUGUGGAGAACAUGAGUGACGACGAUGGCUGGCAGUUUGUAAACCUCGGGGACCAGCAAAGCUUCGGAAUCAAAACCUCAGGACUCGAAGCAAAAGCGACUGCUUGCCAGAUGUUGGUUUACUAUGCUAAGGAGUUAAGAGAAGGGUUUGCAGAGUACACAGAACAAGUUGUGAAGAUGAUGGUUCCUCUGCUGAAAUUUUAUUUUCAUGACAAUGUUCGAGUGGCAGCUGCAGAAGCCAUGCCCUUUCUCUUGGAAUGUGCAAGGAUUCGUGGCUCAGAGUAUCUUUCACAGAUGUGGCAGUUUAUAUGUGAUCCCUUAAUCAAGGCAAUUGGAACCGAACCUGAUACAGAUGUACUCUCAGAAAUAAUGAAUUCUUUCGCCAAGUCCAUUGAGGUAAUGGGAGAUGGUUGUCUCAACGACGAACACUUGGAAGAACUGGGAGGAAUUUUGAAGGCAAAACUUGAAGGGCACUUUAAAAACCAAGAGUUACGGCAAGUAAAAAGGCAAGAAGAAAAUUAUGAUCAACAGGUUGAAAUGUCUCUUCAAGAUGAGGAUGAAUGUGAUGUUUAUAUUCUGACCAAAGUAUCAGAUAUUUUGCACUCAUUAUUUAGUACUUACAAGGAAAAAAUUUUGCCAUGGUUUGAACAGCUACUCCCAUUAAUUGUAAAUCUAAUUUGUUCCAGUAGGCCAUGGCCAGACAGGCAGUGGGGACUAUGCAUAUUUGAUGACAUCAUAGAGCACUGCAGUCCAACCUCAUUCAAAUAUGUUGAGUAUUUCCGGUGGCCGAUGCUUCUCAAUAUGCGAGACAACAACCCUGAAGUCAGGCAAGCUGCUGCUUAUGGACUGGGAGUUAUGGCACAGUUUGGUGGAGAUGAUUAUCGUUCUUUGUGUUCAGAAGCCGUUCCACUCUUGGUAAAAGUUAUUAAGUGUGCAAAUUCCAAAACCAAAAAAAAUGUGAUUGCUACAGAGAACUGUAUCUCCGCAAUCGGAAAGAUUAUGAAGUUUAAGCCCAACUGUGUAAACGUGGAUGAAGUUCUCCCACACUGGCUAUCGUGGCUUCCGCUGCAUGAAGAUAAAGAAGAAGCUAUUCAGACUUUGAAUUUUCUCUGUGACCUCAUUGAAAGUAACCACCCAGUUGUGAUUGGUCCGAAUAACUCCAAUCUUCCCAAAAUUAUCAGUAUAAUUGCAGAAGGAAAAAUUAAUGAAACUAUUAGCCACGAAGACCCCUGUGCCAAACGCCUAGCUAAUGUCGUCCGUCAGAUACAGACUUCUGAAGAACUAUGGUUGGAAUGCACAUCCCAACUCGAUGAUGAGCAGCAGGGAGCUUUACAAGAGUUACUCAGUUUUGCUUGAAGCAGUUUAAUACCAUCUGUCAUAAAAGUAGCUACUAAGUGUUGUGAGUGAAUUCAUUACAGAGGAGAGAUAUGCCAUUUCUCUCUGCUAGGCAGGUCAUUCUUCCGUGUUUCUCCAGGAUUAGUGUUAAGGUCUUCUGUUUAUUUUGCACGUGUCACCUCUUAAACUAUGAUUGUAACUUGUGCUUCCAGUUGUCCUAGAAAGUUAUUUGUCACCUUCCCCCUAUUUAGUGUGAAAUGUAUAAAUUGUUACUUAUCUGAACUAUUAAUGCUGGGCAGACGGUACACUUAGUGCCAAGAUGUCUGUGACUGUCACAAGAUGCAGAAAAGCUCACGAAGAAAGGGAGACGUCCAGGAUAAACAUUUCUGAAAUUGAGGGUGAUGAAUACAGUGGCAGACUUGUUCUUUCUUGGUAAUACUUCUGUUAGUUAUGGUGAGGGAAGGAUGCUAGAAGUGAGCGUGCCAAGGUACUAUAAUGGAUGGAGGAGUUGUUUUCUACAAUAUAAGUGAACCUUUUCAUAUGGUACUCCUGAAAAGUGGUUCUAGCAUGUCUAAAUUCCAGUUCCUAACGUGUCCAGUUGAGAGAAAAACUUUUAAAUGUCCUUAACCACACUGGUCUUAAAAAAUUAUCUAGAACUGAAACAUUCAUUGGUGUGGAGGAGGAAGUACUGAGGAGACAUCUAACACUGAAAGCAUUUGACAGACUAUAACAGUGUAAUAAAUACUAAAUAGUGUUUUGGGGAGUCAGGUGUUGUUACAUGUUUUGGCUAAGUAUUAUUUUGUGUUUGUAUGUCAUACCCCUGUUACCCCCAUUUCCAACAUUAAGGGAAGUCUUUAUUCAGAAUGGGGGUUAAAUAGAGUCCUAUUUUGAAGCAGUUCCUAACAGAUUCUACAGAAACAAUGAAACAAAAUGUUAUCCUUAAACAUUAAAAAGAGCUUUAAGACUAGUCACAUAUUGGUGUAUGUGUAUUACAAAACAGCUAUCAAUUUAGAGUUAAUUACAUUAAAUGGAAUGUCUUUAAUGUUGAAGGGUUUUCUUUGGUAGGAUAGAAAAAACGUCUACUUAACAGAACUUCAUUCAAAACUUACAAACAAGAAUGUCUGUUGUGACUUCCUGAGCUUAUUGCAAGGACUGUGUAUGUAACAAACCAAAUAUGUCCGAACCAGUAAGUGCUUAAUAAAUUGUCAGUGUUACUACUGUU